AUCCUGUGUGUUCGUUAAUACUGUGACUGCAGCUGCGUGAUCAAUAUUAAGCAGCAUGUUUUCACUUCCUGUUUGUUCUCACCUUCACAAUAAAGCGAGUUUAGCAGGAAACAUGACUCCAGCUAACAUAAUAAUCUCCGGUUACCUUCAGUUUAAAGUUUCAUUUUAAACACUACACUGACCCUUGUUGUGUGAAAUGACUUGUUUCUCUCCUGUUCACCUGUUCAGGUGGGUCAUAUCACAGUGUCAGUAACAGAAGAAGCCCGUGUGCGUGAGAGGUGGUGACCUUGAGUGGAGAGCUCUGGAACAGCGAGCGUCCAUCAGUCCGCCGCUGAGCCUUUGAAGCCUGAGCAGCAGAGUAGAACUUGAUGAGGGCGUAGAACCCGGGCGGGUUGAGCGGCGCGUUGGGACACACCUUCAGCAGGUAGAGAGGACCGAAGGACGAGAACACGCGGUCCAAGCCGUCCUGAGGAGGAACACACACACACACACACACACACCUGUUACAGUCUGAGGGGGACAGCCUCUUAAAAACAGUGAUUUCUGAAUGGAGUCUGGCAGCACGUUCUCGCUCACGUAGAUCUGAGCUUCGGUGUUGGACGGCUGGAUGUCCCACACAAACAGAGUCUUGUUGUUCUCCACAGGAACGUGGAACUCCAGGAUGUCCACCUCCAUCACACCUGCAGGACAGCCAAGAACAGGAAAUGUCCCCUGGUCUUUACUGUUCAGCAGCAUGUUGGAGACCAGGACACACAGCAGUCCUCUGCAGUACCGGCACAGUCUCCUUCACCGUCCUCGUCUUCAUCAUGCCAAGCUGGACCAGCCUGCUCUUCCUCCUCUGCCCGCUGACCUCAGCCCUCGGCUGUGAUUGGCUCACACACUAUGGUCAUGCAAGCAACAUAUCUCGGACUCACGCCGAGCACAUGGGCGGUCAGCUGACCAAAGAGGAGUGUCCUGUUUCCUUCCCAUACAAACUCUACGAACAAAUAAGGACGACAAAGGUGGAGUCCCAGCUGGUUUUCAUCAGAGACAGUCUGAAGCUAAUUUUCGGUCUCUAUCGGCACAACAACAUCUCCUCUGUUACCUGGGACACCAAAGAGACGGAACACUUCCUGGUGUGCGUCUACAGACAGAUCGAGGAACUCGACAGCUGUGUGUCGACCACGAUGCCAGGCGACGUCAAACUGAGAAGAUACUACAGGAGACUCGCUAGACGCACUCUGCACUGCACUGGUGGUAGUGCUGAGUCCUGGGAGCUGAUCAGGAAGGAAACUAUAAACCACCUGCAACAGCUGGAACUGCUGGUGAACGCCAUCGUAGCUUCAACUUCCCGCCGACACUGACACGUCUCACAGCCUCCACCAUGUUUCUGUUGUCUAUUUAUUUAUCAUGUUUCUAUUUAUGAACAAGGUCAAGUCUUCUAUUUAUUUAUUUUAAUGUCUUCUAUUUAUUUAUUUUAAUGUCUUCUAUUUAUUUAUUUAUUCAUUGAACUGACAUUUUUGUACCCACUGAGACUGAUUUUACUUGAAAACGGUUUAUAACUGAACA